AUGUCUUCUUCCAGUAAAAUAUUUUUAAGGUACAGGGCGUUAGGCUACGUAACAAAUCAUUUACCCGUCGUGACGAGAUAUAUAAAAAGAAGAAGAGAGUAUUUUUUUGUGACCAGCGUAGGAAAAUCGUUUCACACGUACAGUUCAGAACAUUUGGCUUUAUUAACCGUCAGUGAUUUACAUUCUGAUGAAAUUACUUGCAUAGCCGGUGACAAUUAUUUAAUUUUCACCGGUUCGGGAAAUAAUAUUUAUGCCUGGAGAAGAGGAACAGAAUUAAAACAUGAAUAUAUCGGACACGAAUAUCCGAUUAAAUUAAUGUUACCCUUCGGUCCCAGCCUUAUAAGUAUCGACGAAAAAAGUAAUUUGAAAUUAUGGGAUAUAAAAAGUACAGAACUUUUAUUAGAAUUGGAAUUUAACAAUGAUGUAUUUGAAAUUAGUUGUUGUAUGCAUCCUUCAUCUUAUUUAAAUAAAAUACUAUUGGGUAGUGAACAAGGAUCCCUUCAAUUGUGGAAUUUAAACACUUCUAAACUAAUAUAUACUUUUAAAGGAUGGAAUUCUGGUGUGACAACCGUGGUUCAAGCUCCAUCCCUCGAUGUUGUCGGUAUAGGAUUAAAAAAUGGAAGAAUUUUAAUUCACAAUUUAAAAUUUGAUGAAACAAUUAUGGAAUUUAAACAAGAGUGGGGAAUGGUGACUGCAUUAAGUUUUAAACUUGACGGAUCACCAAUUUUAAUCUCUGGAACUAUUUACGGUCAUUUAAUAUUGUGGGAUCUCGAGGAAAGAAAAGUUUUCUCUCAGUAUUUAAACGCUCACGAUAGCAGCGUUACAGGUUUACAAUGUUUACAAGGUUCGCAGUUGAUGGUAUCAUCUUCACCUGAUAAUUCAAUAAAAUUAUGGAUAUUCGAUAUGCCUGAUGGGGGACCUAGACUUUAUAUAAAAAGAGAGGGACACUCGCUUCCUCCAACAUUUAUUCGAUUUCACGAUGCGAAAGGUCAUAAUUUAUUAAGUGCAGGUGGUGAUUCUCAUUUAAGGAUAUUUAAUACAGUUACAGAAAGAUUUAAUAAAAGUUUAGGUAAAGCAUCGACAAAUAGGAAAAAAUCAAAGAAAAAAAGCAGGUUAGAUAUAGAUACAUAUAAAAUGCCUCCGAUUAUAAAAUUCGCAUCGAACACGACAAGAGAAAAAGAAUGGGAUAAUAUUGGAGCGAUUCAUUUAGGAACGCAAGAAGUCACGACUUGGUCAUAUGAUAAAAUAAGAAUGGGAGAACAUUUUUUAAAACAUGAAAGAUUUAUGAAAAAGUCGAUUAAUGGAGUUGUUAUGAAAGCAUUUCCAGUUAGUGUACAUUUGACUCAUUGUGGAAAUUUUAUAUUGAUAGGUUACACAUCUGGACAUUGCGAUAGGUUCAAUAUUCAGUCUGGACUGUAUCGUGACACUUACGGAAAAGAAACUGCUCAUGAUGGACCUGUCAGAGGAAUAACUACAGAUUUGUUAAAUCAAUUUGUUAUAACAGGAGGAGGAGAUGGAUUAUUAAAAUGGUGGAAUUUCAAAAGUGAAUUAUGUAAAAAAGAAUUGUGCAAAAUAGAAUUGGAAGAUGGAGUCUCAUUUUUUUCGACUCAUGUCGAAUGUUCCCUAACUGCAGUAGCUCUUGAAAAUUUUAACGUUAUCGUUGUUGAUAACGAUGGACGUAACAUUGUGAGAAAGUUCAUAGGGCACUCUGGUAAAAUAAUGGACAUGGCAUUCAGUCCCGAUUCAAGGUGGUUGAUCACAUCCGGAAUGGACAGUUGCAUAUUCACAUGGGAUAUUCCAACCGGAUGUCUCAUAGAUCAUUUUAAGGUCGAGGCACCCUGCAUAUCGUUGACAUUUUCACCCACUGGAGAAUAUUUAGCCACGGCUCACGUCGAAUAUCUCGGAAUAUUUUUAUGGGCUAAUAGAACAUUGUACGAACACGUUAAUUUGAAACCCAUAAAAGAUUUAGACAAAAUUCCACUUCUCGGUCUUCCAUCGGUCACGAAAGAGACGCCACAACAUGGCGACGAGGACGGUUAUGAAUCGGACGAAGAAGAAGAUUACAAAUCACCCGAACAAAUCGAAGAUUUGAUAACUUUGUCGACGCUUCCGAAUUCCCGGUGGAAAAACCUUCUCAACAUCGACCUCAUCAAAAAACGUAACAAACCGAAAGAAAAACUUCAAGUUGGAAAAAUGGCGCCAUUUUUCUUACCAACUAUCCCCGGUCUCGACGUGACAUUCGAUUUGAGUUCGGUCGAGAAAAUAGACGACAAGAAAAAAGAAAUAUCGUUUAAUGAUUGGGACGCGCUCACGGGUUUCGGUACGUUACUGAAAAAAGCAGAAGACGCGGCGGAUUACAACAACGCAUUCGAUAAACUCAAAUCCAUGGGACCCUCGACUAUAGACCACGAAAUUAAUUCUUUGUCCACGGCAUCGGAUACGGAAACGAUUCGUUUGCUAUCACAAUUCGUUAAAAUGAUAACGAACGUUUUGAAUAAGAAAAUGAAUUUCGAAUUGGCUCAAGCUUAUUUGGGUUUAUUUUUGAAAAUCCACGGAGAAUUCAUAACCGGACACGAGGAAUUGUUAAACGAAUUGGAAAGUUUGGAAAAAAUACAAAAAAACGAUUUCGAAAAGGGUUAA